AAAAUGUAAUCGUAUUUCUUUCGUAUGAUGCGGAAUUGUUAACAGUGGGUUUGUAGGUGAUACGUAAUUGUUAUAUUGACGGAUUUAAGUGGUACGUUGCCCUAAAGCCAGUUAGCUGGUGCGGCUGAACAAAAAUGAAGCUGUCUCGUGCUGAAUAUAAGGAAAUAGUAAGAUGCACUGAUAAUUUGAGACCGACACGUCAGUGCAUGAAGAUUCUGAAAGAAAGAUUUCCCAAUCACUCGCAGUCCACUCUUCUGAGCGUCUUCUCCCUGGAGUACCAGAAAAGGACCAAAAGAACCAUCUCACGACACCAUGCCCCUGACGCCAUCGAGGACUACUACCAAAGGUACCUGAGCAAAGCCAGCUCACGGCCCUCCAGCCCUGUCUUGUUGGAGCUGGCCAAUGAGGUGGACCUCUCCCCUGCCCUCAUGGCCCGCAUCAUCCUGGACCGCUUCCUCCAGGACCAGGAAGGUGGCGUGCCCUCCAAGCCAGUGCUCAACAGCAUGCUCCGGGAACCAUCUUUGAUUCCAGACCAAGCUCUAGCAAACCACAUCUACCAGUGCACCAUAAAUGACUGUUGUUAUGGGCCGCUGGUAGACUGCAUCAAACACGCUAUUGGUCAGGAACAUGAGGUGCUGCUUCGUGACAAGCUGAAGGAGAAGAACCUGUCCUUCCUGGACGAAAACCAGCUGCGAGCCAGAGGCUACGACAAGACGCCUGACAUCAUCCUGGAGGUGCCGAUCGCUGUUGAGGGCCACAUCGUCCACUGGAUCGAGAGCAAAGCCUCGUUCGGGGACGACCACAGCCACCGCACCUACCUCAACGAGCAGUUCUGGAGCUACUGGAACAGGUUUGGCCCUGGCCUGGUCAUCUACUGGCAUGGCUUCAUUGGAGAGCUGGACAGCCAGAGGGACAGAGGGAUCCUGCUCAAAGACUGCUUCCCCACCGACAUCGUCACCCUGGGCCAGAGGACGGACCGGGACUGACA